UCCUACAAAGGGUUAAAUUUGAUUUUUCAAACAAAAAGAAAAAAAAAGGGAGAAAAGUUCUCAAUUGAUCUGACAUAAUCAAUCAAUCACAGAAUCUUCAAUUUCAAUUUCCAGAAUGAGAAUAAUUUGAAAGAGAGAAAAAUUAGGAGAAAUUGAAAUUAAUGGCAGUAUCGGUUGAAAAAAUGGUCAACUCGAGGAAAGAUGACAGUACAGUGCCCUCUCUUUGUUUCCUCUUAGUUGCUGUCUUCUUCCAACGGCUGCUGAACAGAACUAUAAACCCCCUUCGAAUUCCUCACCCUUUCCCCUUCUCCAGCCAAGAAAAACCCCAAUUUUUUCCCAGUUUAAACCUCAAACUCAACCAGCCAUUUCAACAAUCUCCAUUAAUGAGCUCAAUGGAUUACUCUGUUGCAGACAUGAGUUGUGUUCUUAGUGCCAGUGUCCAAUGUGAAGCAUGCAAAGCAAAAGUCCAAGAAAUUCUACAGAACAUCUGUGGUUUCUCUCUUUACUCUCCUCUCUAUUUCUUCUAUUUCCCUCUGUUUCUUAUUCCCUCUUGUUUUUUAUUAGGUGUUUACACAAUCACAAUGGAUUCAGAGGAUGGAUCAGUCAGAAUUUGUGGAAGAGUGAAUCCAAGAACAUUCUUAAAAGUGAUUGAAAUGUCAGGCAAACAUGCAGAGGUGAAAAGUAUAAGAUUCGAUGGUGAAGCUGGAGAUAGAAGAUAUUACCCUUAUGGAGAUGAUCCAUCUAAUUAUCUUUCAUACCCCAAUCUUUAUCAGAGCUACCCUGAACAAUGUCACUGGUUUGAUAGAACUUACCCCAACCUACCGCGGCCGCAGCCAUAUCCUUGGCAAUUAAUGCUGCCACAGCCGCAGCCCCAGCCCCAACCUGUUCCAGGACCAGUGAUAUGGCCAGGGUGGCCGCAUCCUGAUAAUCAAUCUCUUGAGGCCAAUGAAAAUAACAAUCAGAGAUGUUGUACGGUAAUGUAAGAGUUUUCAAUAAGAUUAUAUGUAGAGACUAUGAAUGAGCAAUCAAUAUAUGAAAUGCAAUAGUUUCUACAUCUGUUUCUUGAAGAACAAUACCGAAUUCUCCUUGUUUGUUCCUUUUACUAGAUUUUACUUUUUUUUUCGUGAAGCAAAAUUCUUUAAAGCAAGGAAAAAAGUAAAAGGAUGGAUGAAAAAGACAAGAGGGUAAAGAAAUGGAUUCAUUAGAAAAGGUGUUUAAUAUACCAUCAUAUGUGACAAGGUUUUUACAUGACUCACUAAAGUCCCAUCAAGAUCAGCAGAUACAGCCAAGCAAAAGCGUUGUUCAAAAAGAAAAAAGACACAGCUACUAAUAUCUCUGCAUCUUAAACUAACAUCACAUUCUGAUAAUUCAUAACCAAGCUAUACAAACACCAAGCUUUUUUGUGAAGCAAAAUUCUUUAAAGCAAGAAAGAACGUAAAAGGAUAGAUGAAAAGACAAGGAAAGGGUAAAGUAAUGGACUCAUUAGAAAGGGUGUUUAAUAUACCAAUAUGUGACAAGGUUUUUACAAGAGACAUUAAAAUCCCAUCAAGAUCAGCAGAUACAGCCAAACAAAAGCUUUGUCAAAAAAACGACACAGCCACUAAUAUCUCUGCAUCUUAAACAAACAUCACAUCAUAACCUAGCUAUACAAACACCAAGCUUAAAAAAAAA